ACUUUGGAAAGAGAUGAAGAUGGAAACUGUACUCUGGUGGAAGAAUUCAUUCUCUUGGGUUUCUCAGAAUCUCCAGAGCAGGAUCCUCCAUUGUUUGCUAUCUUCCUCACAAUAUACACCAUCACCCUGAUAGGGAAUCUGGGAAUGAUUAUAUUAAUCAGGAUCAGUGCUCAGCUUCAUACCCCCAUGUACUUUUUCCUAUGCAAUUUGUCUAUGGCUGACAUCUGUUAUUCAUCAGUUAUCACCCCUCGUAUGCUAACGAGUUUUCUAACCGGUUACAAAUCAAUUUCCUUUGAUGCAUGCUUUGCUCAGCUCUACUUUUUUGUUGCCUUGGUGUGCACUGAAUGUUUCCUGCUGGCCACAAUGGCCUAUGAUCGUUAUGUAGCCAUCUGUAAUCCCUUGCUCUAUCCUACAAUUAUGUCCCAAAAUAUCUGUGUCACAUUGGUUGCUGGUUCGGGUUUUCUUGGCUUGACAAAUGCCAUGCUAACAGUAUGCUUUUUAAGUAGUUUACAUUUUUGUGAUUCUAACAUUAUCAGGCAUUUCUUCUGUGACACUCCUCCCUUAAUAGCACUCGCCUCCGAUCACUAUGUCACUGAAAUGACCAUAUCACUUCUGGCUGGGUAUACCACCCUUGCAUCCUUGCUCAUCAUUCUCUUAUCUUAUAUCUUAAUUCUGGCCACCAUCCUAAAGAUCCGUUCUGCUCAAGGCAGGCGUAAGGCCUUUUCUACUUGCACAUCUCACCUGACAGCUGUCUCAGUCUUCUAUGGGACUCUGAUAUUUACCUACCUUCGCCCAAAUACCAGCUACUCAUUGGGCCAAGAUCAGGUGGCCUCUGUCUUCUACACUGUGGUGGUGCCUAUGCUGAACCCUAUGAUCUACUCUCUCAGGAACAAGGAGGUGAAAGAGGCUUUCAAGAAAUCAGUUGGAAUAAAAUGGGGUUCAGGAUGA